AUGGUAGACCGCGAGCAACUGGUGCAGAAAGCCAGGCUGGCCGAGCAGGCGGAGAGGUAUGAUGAUAUGGCAGCUGCCAUGAAAUCGCAGGUUCCCACACAGAGGCGUGCCGCAGCAUCUGCCAAGAUGCAGCACAGGCCCGCCCGAAAUCAUUCAGACAGGAUCAUAGUCCAGAUCUCUGACGAGGAACACGACCCCCAAGGCUGGUCAGCCAAAAUCUACCCAGGCGACAUUCAUUCGAAGUCAGUCACCAUCCACAUCUGCUCCCCUGUUAAUUCCCCAGUGGCUCAGUAUUACCUCUUCCUCCACAUUGAGACGAUACAUAGGAACAGAAGUACCUUUGAAGUGGGAACAUUUGUGCUACUCUGCAACCCUUGGCUGAAAGAGGAUCCAGUGUACAUGCCACUGAACGCCCAAAGAGAAGAGUAUAUCAAGAGUGAUUGCGGCAUUUUGUUCACGGGCACCCCUCAAAACAUUAAUGAAAGACCCUGGAUGUUUGGUCAGUAUGAGCCUGGAGUCCUGGAGGCGUGUAUGAAGCUGCUGCAGGUCAGCCGGUGGCACUUCAAGAACAAAGAAAAAGACUACAAUCGACGAGCAGACCCCGUCUACCUCAGCCGGGUGAUUUGUGCUAUGGUUAACUGCGACGACGACCUGGGUAUUUUAAUGGGAAAUUGGUCAGGCGACUACAAAGAUGGUGUCAGUCCCGCAGAGUGGAGCAGCAGCGCUGACAUCCUCCACCAAUGGGCCUUGUCCAACUGCAAACCCGUACGCUACGGACAGUGCUGGGUCUUUGCAUCUGUCCUCUGCACCGUGAUGAGAGUGCUGGGUGUUCCCUCCAGGGUGGUGACAGUUUUUAACGCUGCCCAUGACGCUAACAGCAACCUGAUAAUUGAGGAAUAUUUCUCAAGCAGCGGGGAAAAGCUCCCAGGACCAAAGGACAGCACGUGCAUCCAUUCGUGUUUGUCCUCUUGCAGGAACUUCCAUGUGUGGGUGGAGUGCUGGAUGAGGAGACCAGACCUCGGCUCAGCGUUUGAUGGGUGGCAGGUGGUGGACGCCACCCCCCAGGAGAAGAGUGGAGGGAUAUAGUGCUGUGG